AUGGCGCGGCGGAUCGCCGGAGUAGUGGCUCUGGCCCUGCUCUCCGUGCUCAUGGCGGCGACCUGCGCCGCCGGCCGCGACUUCUACGUCGGCGGCCACGCCGGGUGGGCGCCCAACCCCACCGAGCCCUUCAACGCCUGGGCGGAGCGCAAUCGCUUCCAGGUCAACGACACCCUUGUGUUCAGGUACAACAAGGGCGCGGACGCCGUGCUGGUGGUGAGCCAGGGCCACUACGACGCCUGCAACGCCACGGAGCCCGCGCUCCGGCUCGACGACGGCGACUCCCGCUUCGUGUUCCACGCCUCCGGAGCCUACUUCUUCAUCAGCCCCGACGCGGCGCGGUGCAGGGCCGGCGAGCGCCUCAUCAUCGUCGUCCUCGCCGUCCGCGACGACGGCACGUCCUCCUCGCCGCCGCCGAAGCCCUCGUCGUCGCCCGCGCCCCCACCGCCCACGUCCACGUCGCCGCCCCCGCAUCCCGGUGCCUCACCUGCUCCGUGCGCGUUGCUCGCACCGCCGCCGUCCAAGUCCUCGUCGCCGCCGCCUCCUGCUCCGCAUGCCCUGCCUACACCGCCGCCGCCCCAUCCUGUUCCGGGAAAGAACGCUUCGUCGCCGUCGCAGUCGCCCGUGCCGGCGCCCGCGCCUGCGCCUGGCACGAACGGGACGUCUUCGCCACCGCCGUCGCCGUCGUCCGCCGUAGCCUUCAGGGGUGGCUUCCUGACGUGCCUGCUAAUCGGUGGAGCAGCUAUUCUCGUUUGA